UCAGAGACCGGUACUCAUGAUGCUUUCUGGCUUCCUCUUUCUGCUCCUCCUCAAAGCUUUAGAUGGGAAGUCCAAUGGAAGCUGCAGGCAUCGGGAUGUUUUACGUCACCUGAAUUUAACUGAUAAUGAAGAUGCCAUGACCCAGCCUGGUAUUAAUUCACCCUUAAAGAUAGAGCUGGAUGUACUACUCUAUGCUAUUCUAGAUGUGGACGAAAAGAGACAGCAGUUUGUUUCUUACCUUUGGGUUGAUAUGUCCUGGCAAAAUGAUGACCUUAUUUGGAACCCUGAUGAUUUCUGUGGUAUUGAGAGGAUUUAUCUUCCUACUAAAUUAUUAUGGCAGCCAGAUCUAACAAUUGAAGAGAUGACAGAGAAGGAUAAAACCCUCCCGAGUUGUCAACUCAUGGUUGUGAAUAACGGUACGAUCACGCUUAGGAAUGAUAUGGUGCUGGUCAGUGCCUGUAGGUUGCAUAUUUUUCAAUUUCCCUUCGACGUUCAGAGCUGCACCCUGUCAUUCAAGUCUGUCACACACUUGGAUGAAGAUUUGCAGUUUGUUCCGGAGAAAGAUUCCAUGUGGAACGAUGACUGGUCUCGCAGGAUGAUGCAGGCCCAGAACGAGUGGCUGUUUAUCGACAUGAAACCCAACAGUAAAACUGUUGACAAUUUUGGUUUCAACCAAAGCAUGUUGGUUUACACUAUCAGGAUGAAGAGGCGUUCUGCCCUCUACAUCGCAAACCUCUUAGUGCCCAUCCUGUUCUUCUUCUGUCUGGACUUGGCCUCCUUCCUGAUCUCACACAAAGGGGGCGAGAAGCUCAGCUUCAAGGUCACUGUGCUGCUCGCUGUCACUGUGAUGCAGCUUAUUCUCAACGAGAUUCUACCUGCCUCUUCAAACAGGAUCCCACUUAUAGUGGUCUUCUGCAUUGGAAUCUUUGGUUUAAUGAUGCUCAGCCUCAUGGAGACGAUUUUGGUCAUGCAUCUGGUCGAAAAAGACAAUGAGGCAGAUAAAGACCAAAUCCUGAGUAACGACUUUGGGGACAAACUGGAAAAAGACAGCUUCCAAAACAGUUCUAGAGUCGCUGGCUACUGGACCAGAGUGUCGAAAACCAUCAGCAAAGUUUUCUUUAUUUUCUAUUUAAUAGCUGCCACUGUGUUUUUCCUAUGUCUGUAUUUUCUUUGGAGAAGAGUAGAAAAAUGGUGAAAAUAAUUCUAAAUAACACCUAAUACUGACAGCAAGUAGUGCUGCAGGUCCAUUUGUGCAGAGGCAAAGAUGAGAUUACAAAGUGUUUGCCCUCACAAUGUUGGUGCCAGUAAGUUGUGUCCUACCCUCUCCAAACUUGUCUAUAAUCAAUCACCUAAACAAUAGUUUUCCUGAUUAAGGUAUAUUUGGCCGUUCAGGUAGUAUUUAAUCCUUCAGUGGUGUUACAACUACACACAAAUACAUUUGCAUGUUGUAAUCUAAACAAUGGUUCGCAUCAAACACACAUUGUAUAAUAUUAGUCAAGUACAAGAAAAUGUCACUAAGUAGUACAUGCAUGCCUUUGCUAAAAACAAAGUCCACAAAUACAACUAUUUAUAAAUAUUAAGCUUGCAGGUGCAACAUUGAAAGUUGUCCAACAGAAAUAUAUCUUUACUGUGUACUUUAAUAUAUU